AUGGAAUCAGAGAGAUCCAUUCGCACUUGCAACUCAACAGGCGCAACAACUGAGCUCUUCCUCUGCUUUACUUCUCGUCUCUCUUCUUCAUCAUCUUCCUCCAUGAAAAUCUCUUCAAAAUCAAUCCUCAGUCCAGGUCGUCCCGGCGACCAACCAAUCACUCUCUCAACUUCCCUAAGCCGCCGUCUUCGCACCAAUGGUAGUAUCAAAGGCGCUCAAUCACCCAUGUUCCCCAAUAUCGCCGGUAAGAAACGCGGCUCUGCUUUCGAAAAUCCAGAACCAUCUUCCCCAAAAGUCACAUGUAUCGGACAAGUCAGAGUCAAGACCAAGAAACAAGGCAGAAAAAUGCGCACUCUUUCAUCUCGCCGAUGUACUACCGGCGGGAAUGACGCCGCCGGAGGAGACGUUAGUUUUCGACAGGUGGGUACCGCUACUGAUCAUUCCAGGCAGAGGAAUCAAAGGUGGGUUCAUUUGCCAUUAACCAUUUGUGAAGCUUUACGUGGAAUUGGAGCUGAUCUUAACUGUCUGUUUCCCUGCCGGUCUUCGUCGCCUUCAUCUUCUUGUUUUUCCGGCGGGGAGAGGAAUCCGAAGAGUUCUUCUUGUGGGGCUGUGUUUGAGAGAUGGUUUGUGACUAUUGAAGGAGAAAAGGGAAGUGGGAGGGAAAUAGAACUGGUAGUUGGAGAAGAAGAAGAUGAAACAGAGAAAUCCUUGAGAAGAGAACACCCAUUGGAGAAAUUCAACGAAGAUGAUGAAGCCAGAGUUAGCAUUUGUAUACCGCCCAAGAAUGCUCUGUUACUCAUGAGAUGCAGAUCCGAUCCUGUGAAAAUGGCAGCUCUUUCUACUCGCCUUUUCGAGAAAGAAGAAGAUAUUCACGAGGAAGAACAAGAACAAGAACAUGAAGAAGAGAAAGAAGAAGCUUCUGAAAAUGAAGUUUCAGUUCAAGAUGCAGAUGCAGAAAAAACAGAGAUAAUGAAGGAAGAUGAGAACGAAGGUAGCGGUUAUUCAUCUGAAGCUGAUGCUGAAUUAGAGAAAUUACUAGAAAGCGAGGAAGAAGAAGAAGAUGAGAGAAGAAAAAGUCACGACUUUUCCUUAUUAUUCUCAGUAGAAUCAAAUCUAGACAAUGAAGAUGAAGAUGAAAAAACAGAGGAUCCACUGAAUGGGGUUCAAGAACCAGGCGAGGCGUCGUCGGCGGCGGAAGAGAUAGAAACAUCCACCACCCAUGAGAUGUCUGAAUCAGAUAAAGAAGAAGAAGAAGAAGAAAGAGAAGAUCAAAGAUUGGAGCUUUCAGAAGAGAAAGAAAUUCCGGUGGCGGCGGCGGCAUCAGAGGAAAAGAAGACCCCGGCGGAGAAAAUCUUGCCGGAUUGUUUGCUGUUGAUGAUGUGCGAGCCAAAGUUAUCAAUGGAAGUCUCAAAAGAAACAUGGGUAUGCAGCACCGACUUCAUCCGGUCAAUACCAGACCACCGACGUCGUCCUGUCGAGAAACCACUAAUCGCCGGCGGCGUUCCGGCGGAUCAGAAGAAAAGGGUGAACAAAAACAUUCCUCCUCUUCCACCACCACCAUCACAGGUAGCUGUUCCUCCUCGAAAUGGGUCGGCGGUUCUACAACCUCCAAGAUCAUCAUGUACUUUACCUUCGACGACAGCAAUGUCGAUGGCGGCGAUGAUAGAACAGAAGCUGAUAAAUGCUGUAGGGUACGAACCAUUUGUUCUGACUAGAUGCAAGUCGGAGCCAAUGAGGACUGCCGUGGCUAAGGUUACGCCGGAGAGUUGUUUCUGGAAGAACAGAAAGCUGGAGCCACUCCGGCGAGCCACAAUGGGAGUUGGCGCGGCUGGAAUUGGGUUCUGA